CCUCUGUGUACGUCACGUGAGUUAGACACAGAACAGUGUCGAAGUCGUUUUAAACUGCUAGUUAAAACGAUUAUCUCCCGCCACUUCUGUUUAGUUACUCUAUUCCAGUGUUGGUUGGUUCAUUUCACAUAAUGACCGAGCAGACAAGCACCGCAGCCGGAAAAUGUUUUCCGCAUUACUUGGUUGAAGAGAGAGCAGUUGGAGAGACGGGGAGGUCGCACGGGGUCAAAGACCUAAUUACAGAAAACCACAAUGUUAAAAUGGAAACUGCUACCACAUACGGAGCAACUUAUGUCUCUCCAGAAAAGUUUCUCCCAGCAUUCGAGCUGAGGGGCACCAGAAGAGAGCUUUUGGAAAGACGUCUCUCUCAGAAGAUAAGAGAGGAGGUUCUGGCAGAACUCGAACUAGCACCCCCUCCCACAACAGAGUUCCUCUCCACAACCCAGAGGGACUUCUGUGCCCAAGGGUUUGUUCCCUGCAGACUGCGAACAGCAAAAGAUCGUGACUAUAAAACCGAGCAGGCCAUAACAUUCUGGAGCCAAAACUGCCAGAAGGUUCAGGGCGUAACACCCAUCAGGAACCCAAAGGCACCUUUUAAGAAGUCAACCCUGUUCAGCAAACCCAUCAGUGAACAACUGGAUGACUUUUAGGGUAGCAGGGAUUUUCCUGGCUCAAACUGAGGCAGAGGUGGUACCAUCCUGACCGUGCGCCAGCACAUGCACACUCUGUGUAUUCAACUGCCUCACCGUUUUAAAGGCAAAUAUUAUGAAAGGCUCAAUAAUAUGCAUUAGAUUAGUGUUUAGUUCUUUUUUCCAUCUGAUAUUUGUAGUUAAAAUAUUUUUAAAUAUUUGACCUACAUUUCAGUAACAUUUUAGGUUUGUAUUAAUAACACUCAUCUUAGUCUAAAUGACGUAAAUAUAUACAGUAAAAUAUAAUGCAUUUCAUUAACAUGCAUUUGUGUUGGAAAUGGUAAUAACAUUUAUUUUCUGCUGCUAACAAUGUAAUGAUGGCACGUCUGUUAUGUACGGGUUGGCAAUAAUCCAGUUUAAGUUAUGUUCAAAGAUAGAAGCGUUUGUGAAUUAUAUACUACAACGGCUUGCCGUACAAUGUGUAAUGUGACUCGUACCUGCAGCGGUUCUGAUCCGUAGCGCUGCAGGAUGCAGAAUAAACUGGAUGGUGCGGACUUUUCAUCCACUUGUUGAGUUUAGUCUUUCUUAGUUUUACGAUCAUCGUGUUUUUCUGUGCGCCACUUGAUCGUGAGACUGCUACCCGUUAGCUUUAGCAUUAGCCAAUCUGUGCGUAGCUGCACUUUUGAUCCCAAACUUUGGACCGGUUCUGCCUUUGCUGGUUCCUUUAUUUUCCUCCACUGCAUCCAGAUGACCACACUGUGCGCCAGUAAAAAGCAUUUUUCUUACAUGUAACUUACUUUUGUUCAAUAAAGUUCUGGGAAAAUAGUAAA